AUGAUAUUCUCACUAGACGAAGAGCUAGGCACCUUGAGUCUAGGAGCCCCAAACCCAAUUAACGAAAAUGACAUGGAUACCCUAUCGGAUGCUAUCUCUAGUGAUACUGAAUAUUUGGCACCUCCCCCAGAGUCCCUGAAUUCGAGACCUAGAAGAAGGUCAUCUAUUUUAGAUAGAUUUCCAAUCUUUACUCCCGCAAAUGUUAAACAUGUUUCCAUUACUGGCGACGAAGAUAAUAUAAGUGAAGAAGCAGGUUCUAGUACUGUUAAUGGAAAUUCAAGCACAAUUACACAAGCAGUACCUAUUCCUAUUACAUCUUCAAUAAGUGGGAGCUCCACUGGGACGAUUACAAGAACUGUGAAAGAUUUUAGACCAGUAAGAGUCCUGGGUCAAGGUGCCUAUGGCAAGGUCAUUCUUGUGAAAGAUAAGCUUACAAAUAAACUUUAUGCUAUGAAACAAUUGAAGAAGGCGGAAAUUUUAAUUACUGAAUCUCCAAAGAGUAAUGAGGAGGACGAUGUGAAUUUGGGAAAGAGAAUAGAGCGAACAUUUGCUGAGAAAUCAAUUCUUGCUGAAUUAGAACAUCCAAAUAUUGUCAAGUUGUUUUACUCAUUUCAUGAUAAUUCCAAGUUAUAUCUGCUAUUACAAUACAUUCCAGGUGGUGAAUUAUUCUUCCAUUUGAAGGAACAAGGAACAUUGGAUGAAGAUACUGUGGCCUUUUAUGCUGCUGAAAUCAGCUGUGCUCUAAAGUUUUUACAUGAUAAGGGGAUAGUCUAUAGAGAUUUGAAACCAGAAAAUUGUUUAUUGAAUGACAAGGGCCAUCUAGUACUGACAGAUUUUGGAUUAAGUAAGAAAAGUGUUACGCAAAACUCUGCCAAUCCAAGUGAGGUUACAAGUUUGAAUGAACCAUCAGAGGAUCUUUCUACUUUGCACUCUAUUAUUGGAACACCUGAAUACUGUGCUCCCGAAAUACUACAAGGUUUACCCUACAAUAAGAAUUGCGAUUGGUAUUCUCUUGGUUGUUUAAUUUAUGAUAUGCUUUCAGGUAAACCACCUUACACUGGGGCAAAUCAUAAAGUUAUAUUGAAUAAAAUUCAAAAAGACAAGCAAGGACCUAAAAUUCCAUAUUAUUUGAGUGAAGGAAUGAAAGACAUGUUAAAUUGGUUAUUGAAGAAAGACCAGUCUAAAAGAUGGGACGUUGACAAAUAUUGGGCAGCUGAACCAAUUAAAAAUGGGAAAAAUCAAAUGAAGAAGAAAAAACCAAGCAAGGAACGUACUUUACGCUUCCAAUCCCAUUUUAUAUUCAGGAAAAUUGAUUGGUCACUAUUAGAAAGCGGAGCCAUUCAACAUACUUCGGUGGGCCCUAUUGUUCCUAUUAUCACUGAUUUGGAACUUGCAGAAAAUUUCGAUUCCGAAUUUACUUCGAUGUCUUAUGAGGAUUUUGAUAGUGGACUUGGUAAUGAGAAAGGAUCAGAUAUAUUUCAAGGUUUUAGUUAUAAGGCAAGUGGAAGUUAUUUAGAGAAGUAUUUCUGA